AUGUCUUCCAGACUCGUCGCCAAGGCAAGCAGGAAGUUCAAGUACGAGACCCAGAAGCCAGAAGGAGUCAGAGAACUUUCUGAAAAGAGAAGAUACGGCCCGCUCCAUCUACAAACGUUCGAAGAGGAGAGAGCGGAUGGCAGGUGCUGCACGGAAUUGGGUUUACGAAGUGACGGAGUGGCUCCACUAUUGGCAGGUUUGGCCUGGGUCAGUCGGCUUGGCCAGUCCUUGAGGGAGUCGGCCAGCGCAUACGCUGCUUAUCAAAUACACCAACCUUUUUUUGGCUGGCUGACUGAGCCAGCUGGGACCUUGACUGAUGUUACUACAUCGUACUGA